AUGCACGUGCCACAAGGUAAGGGCGGCUACUCUGACAAUGAUCCUAUCGUAGACGAUUUCGACGACUUUGUGCCGCCAAGUUCAGGGCCAUGGAAUUCGGUGGCGGUGCAGAAUCGUACGGUGACCGAGAUUGCUGCACAACAUUCGCCUGGUGAAAAGGGCACAAACGACUGGAGCGACCCCAACAUGAUGGAAAUGGCGUCGGAACUGUUUGAAAAACUGACUGCGCAUUUGCGCGACGAAAACAGGUGCUGUCUGCUGCAGCUGGGGUUUGGGUUCUGGAGCGAGUUCCACGUGUCGGGAAUUACCAUGAAGCCGGGUGUGAACUUUCCCACCGCGGAGCAGAUCGACACGCUGUUUGGUAUUGUCAAGGCCCACCGGGGCCCGCUGCAGGCCGCGGUGAGUGUUGGGGUCGGGGAUGACGAGCGGGUUUUGAACGACAGUUUCCGAGCGGACACGAUCAUUGGUAUUUUCUACGACUCGUUUAUGAAAACCCGGGGUUCCGAGUCCGCGUACGAAACCAAGCUGUACAUUGGGUGCAAUUCCGACGAGCGCGUGUAUACGAUUUUACAGUAA